AUGGCGUCCCUGAUUAAGCAGGUGGUGGCGGCAAUGGGCGAGAUUGCGCCGCUGUGCCUCGCCGAUCAGUCCUGGGACAACGUCGGGCUCCUCGUGGAGUCGCCGGCCAGCAACAACUCGGGCGUCGUCCUCCUCACCGUUGACCUCACCCCGGAGGUGAUGGAGGAGUGCCGCCGACACAACGCCGAGGUGAUCGUCGCGUACCACCCGCCCAUCUUCGCGCCGCUUAAGCGGCUCACGUUGGCAGACCCAAAGCAGAAGAUUCUUCUGCAGGCGGUGCGUUGCGGGGCAUCCAUCUACUCCCCGCACACCGCACUGGAUGCCGCGGCGGGCGGCAUCAACGACUGGCUUGCGUCUAUCGUUGACAGCGACGGUGUGUCUCGCCCCAUCCUGCCUUGCGAGGGCGGGAGUAAACAGGAUAACACUAGCUGCAGCGAAAAUGUUAAUGCCGAUGCACCCGUGGGAAUCGGUCGCCUUGUGGCACUUCAUCAGCCAAAGACAAUGGCCGGGUUGGUGAAGGACGUAAAAGCCGGCUUGGGAAUUCCCACUGCUCGUGUGUCGCUCCCGCACGGGUGGUGCAGCGCCACCCCUGUACGCUCGGUUGCUAUCUGCGCGGGGAGUGGCUCCGGCGUGUUUCGUAGGCUAAAAGAACACGUGGAUGUCCUAUUGAGCGGAGAGAUGGGGCAUCAUGAAGUACUCGCCGCCAAUGCCGUAGGGCAGGCGGUCAUUCUCUGCGAGCACACCAACACGGAGCGGGGGUACCUGGCGAAGGAGCUGCUCCCAAGGCUGCAAGCGCGGCUGCAGAAGGAUGUGCGCGUCAUAGUGUCCACGGAGGACAGGGAUCCACUUGUCGUGUGGUGA